AUGGCGAAGUCGUCUCCGGUGAAGAUACCCGCCAGUGCCACUACUAUAGAGGAUUAUGCUCACAGUCCAUUCCAUUACGCCGUCGUUUUAGGUGACCACGCUGGCUUGACUCGCCUCGUCUCCUCCUUGCCUAAGCUAACCGAGCCAGAGCAGAUACACACCGAGUCAGACUCCGUGAGCCAGGAGCGACUCGCCGAGCGGAUCUCCGCCUUGAUCGACCGCCGCGACGUCCCGUUGCGCGAGACGCCUCUCCAUCUAGCGGUGCGGAUAGGCGACGUUUUCGCGGCGGAGACGAUCUCCUCCGCCGGCGCCGAUAUCACGCUCCAGAACGCCGCCGGAUGGAGCCCCCUGCACGAGGCGCUCUGCCGCCGUAGAGACUCGGAGAUCACGGAGACGGUGCUCCGUCACCAGCGUCGCUCGGCGUGGCGCAAAUGGAGACGGAGGCUGCCGUGUCUGAUCGCCGUGCUCCGCCGCAUGAGAGACUUCUACAUGGAGGUGUCUUUCCACUUCGAGAGCUCCGUGAUCCCCUUCGUCGGAAAGAUCGCUCCCUCCGACACGUACAGGAUCUGGAAACGCGGCGGAGAUCUGCGCGCGGAUACUUCUCUGGCGGGGUUCGACGGGUUCAAGAUCCGACGCGCGAGCCAGAGCUUUCUCUUCCUCGGAGACGGGGAGGAGUUUCUCGACGUGGCUCCCGGCACGCUGCUCGUGCUGAACAGAGACGAUAAAACGAUCUCGAACGCGUUUGAAAACGCUGACGAUCCGAUUAGCGACGGUGAGGUCGCCGGUUUCUGCUCUCAGACGAGCUUGUACCGUCCCGGGAUGGACGUUACGAGAGCGGAGCUAGUCGAGAUGAGGAACUGGCGGCGGCAGGUGAAGACCGAAACGGUCGGAGAGUGGAGAGCGAAAGGUUACGAGGUGGAGAACGUGAGUUUCAGUUUCAAGUCAAGGAAAGUUGUCGCUGUCGGAGAAACAGAGCAGAACUCGUCUUCUUCGGGGUUUAAGAAUUAUCGGAGUUUCUCAGAAGAACCGUUAUGGAGGGAGCAAGGUUGUUCCAAAGUUGAGGAGAAAGAGUUUCAGGCAGCGAGAAGGAGAAAGUCGGUUUCUUUGCCGGUAGAGGGGGUUCCGGUGGCGGCUUCCGCGCCGCGGAUCAAAGAGAAGGAGUUCGUGAAGAGUUUGAGUCCGACGGUUUGGUUAACGGAGGAUUUUCCUUUGAAGACGGAGGAGCUGCUUCCUCUGCUUGAUAUCUUAGCCAACAAAGUUAAAGCAGUACGGAGAAUGAGGGAGCUGCUCACCGCUAAGUUCCCGCCGGGAACUUUCCCGGUGAAGUUGUCGAUACCGGUGAUACCAACGGUGAAGAUAGUCAUGACAUUCAGCAAGUUUGUGCCUCUCCGGCCGAUGGAUCAGUUCUACACACCUCUAUCGAGCCCGAGACACCUCUCAGCUGCAGUCGAAGACCAAUGCGACGUGGAGAGUGAGGAAACAUGCGACAUAAGAACGUCAACAAGUUCACGCUCAACGUUUUCGGCGUCGUCUUGGCGAAGACUGAACAUAACGGGCACCGGGAAAAGUGCACAGCGACGGUUGGAAGAGGAGCAGGCACAAAUGGUGGAUCCCUUUUCAAUACCGACAGGGUAUAAGUGGACGAGCAACUCCGAUAAGUCAGGUAGUGAAUCAAACUACUUGUUACAUGUUGAUUUCUUUUUGUAACAUUUUGAAUUUUUGAUUAUUGUCAAUAUGAAUAGGGUAACAUUGGUUCAAAACUUAAACUAAGUCAAUACUACGAUUUGUAAGACCUCACUAAACUUCUUUUUCAUCUAUAAAAAC